AUGAAUUAAUAGGCAGAUAAGUUACGCUCAUAUGCCUAAGAUAAUGUGGUAUUCCUAUUAUAGAGACUGAUGGAAGACAUUUUGUCACAAUAGCCAAAGAAUGUGAUUGAUUGGUCAAUUGCAUGGUUAGACAAGAAAGGCAGAGACAUAGUCAAAUCAAGACAGAGACCAAAUGCCUAAUCUUCGUCCUCGGAUGAAGAGGUAAUUGAAUUGCCUAAAAGGCCUGCUGCAGCUCGUAAAUAGAGAGCUUCAAUUUCUGCUGAAGCAUAUGGAUAGUACAAUAGAAAAGAGUCUUUUCAACCUAGAGUGAUUGUCAAGUCCCAAUAAUAGAAAGAGAUUAUCAGCAAGAGAUUAUCAUAAUCAUUUAUGUUUGCCUCUUUGGAUAGCAGAGAAAAAGAUAUAGUAAUAGAUGCUAUGGAAGAACGAAGUUAUAAUGUGGACGAUUGGGUAAUCAAAUAAGGAGAUAAUGGGGAUAAUUUAUAUGUUGUUGAUUAAGGGGAAUUGAAUUGCUUUAAGAGAUUCACUAAGGAUGGCGAGAAUAAAUUCUUGAAAGUGUAUUAUCCUGGAGAGUCAUUUGGAGAGUUGGCUUUACUCUAUAAUGCUCCCAGGGCAGCAUCCAUUUAAAGCAAAACCAAUAGUGUGUUAUUUGCUUUGGAUAGGUAAACCUUCAAUCACAUUGUCAAAGAUGCAGCUAUGAAAAAAAGAGAAAAAUACGUCAAUGUUCUUAAAUAAAUUGAGCUUCUCUCCAUGAUGGAUCCAUAUGAACGAUCUCAUGUUGCUGAUGCUAUCAAGAGUGCCUCCUUCUAAAAAGGAGAAUAUGUCAUAAGAGAAGGUGAAUAAGGAGAUAUCUUUUAUAUGAUUGAAGAAGGCAAUUUGAUUGCAACCAAGACUUUAGUUUAAGGAUAAGAUCCAGUCAAAGUGUUUCAAUAUAAAGAGGGGGAUUAUUUUGGAGAAUUAGCUUUACUUAAGGAUAUACCUAGACAAGCUAAUAUAGUUGCUGAAACUGAAGUGAAAUUAAUAUACCUGGAUAGACAUAGCUUUAAAAGAAUGUUAGGGCCCUUGGAAGACAUUUUAAGAAGAAACACAGACAAGUACCAGAAAUAUGAGUAAUAUUGGAUCACUUAAGGUAAAUGA